AUUAUUUUUAUUUAUUUUACGUGGCAUGAGACCGGCUGUGUAUGCUGGCCAGACACAGUUUAGCAAUCUGAAAUCUUAUCAUCUUGUUUCAAUAAUUUUUCAUGACAUUUUUAAUCAGAAUCAAAUAAUAAUUUCUUCUAGAAUAAAGAGCAUAAUUUUUACAAGAUAAGUCAAGAUUUAGAAUAUCUUAUUUCAUCAUAUACUCUAAAAUCUAAUUAUAUAUUAAUAAAAACGUGAACUAACAAUUUUAAAAAGACCAAAUAAAAACUAUCAUGGUCGUGAAAAUAGAAAACAUACUUUAUGAAUAAUAAUACUAUUUUUUGUAUAAUAAUUUAAACACAAACAAACACAGAACAUUGAUGUCAAAGGGCCACAUUAUUUAUUUAUAAUGAUCAGUUUUUAUAUACUCCAUACGUCCGACAUUAGGGGACCUAUUUGAGUUUGACAUGAGUUUUAAAAAGAAAAGUGAAUGGAAAAAUAUAGCGAAAUGUAAGACUCAUUUUUGUAUAUUGGUUUUAUAAUAAAAUGUGAGUGAGAUAUAGAAUCUAUCUAUCGUUAGAUUAAAAGUGAACCGUAACUCAUAACAGAGAACAAACUAAAAUUGUUAACCGAACACCUGAUGGCAGACGGAGGGAGUAUAUUAAAAUACUUCUAUAUUUUUAAUAAAUCAUCGAAAAUUAAAUUUGAUGAAAAAAAAGAAAAAUAUAAUUUUCAAACAUGACGUUUGACCAUGACUACAUAAUAGUGCUACAUAAACAUCAAAAUUUAUUACCUUAAAUAUAGAUUUACACUAAUCCUUGACAGCCACUACCUCUAUAACCACGUCAUCUAUAUAUACCCCUUCACCAAUUUUGUAACAUACUGUACCUCACAAUUCACAAAUAUGGGCACCUUACAAAACCAAUCCAUCAACGAACCUCUUCUCCAUUCCAAGACGCUGCCGUCUCCGCCGCCAGCGGCAGAGACGGAAGCCAGCUCGGAGCUCGAACGAAUUCUAUCCGAUCCCACCCUGCCCCCUUCGCGCCGCUAUCAAAAAGCCCUCGUAAUCGAGAUGAGGUACCUUUUCCGGCUGGCCGGCCCCGCCGUCGUAGUCUAUUUGCUAAACAACAUUACUUCCAUGUCCACUCAAAUAUUCUGCGGCCACCUCGGUAAUAUCGAGCUCGCUGCCGUCUCCCUCGGCAACGAGGGCAUCCAGCUCCUCACCUACGGCCUCUUGCUGGGAAUGGGGAGCGCGGUGGAGACCCUGUGCGGGCAGGCGUACGGGGCCCACCAGUACGGGAUGCUGGGGAUAUAUAUGCAGAGAUCGACGGUUCUACUGAUGCUGACGGGGAUUCCGCUGACGGUGGUUUACGUCUUCUCGGAGCCGAUCCUGCUCUUCCUGGGGCAGGCGCCGGAGCUGGCGGCGGCGGCGGCGCUGUUCGUGUACGGGCUGAUCCCGCAGAUCUUCGCGUACGCGGCCAACUUCGCGAUACAGAAGUUCCUGCAGGCGCAGAGCAUCGUGAACCCGAGCGCAUACAUAUCGGUGGCGGCGCUGGUGGCGCACAUCGUGCUGACGUGGGCGGCGCUGUUCGUGUUCGGGUGGGGCCUGCUGGGGGCGUCGCUGGUGCUGAGCUUCUCGUGGUGGGUGAUCGCGGGGGCGCAGUUCGUGUACAUAUUGAAGUCAGAGAGGUGCCGGAUGACGUGGACCGGGUUCAGCCCGGCCGCGUUCUCUGGGUUGUGGGAUUUUUUUAAGCUGUCGGCCGCGUCGGCCGUCAUGCUCUGCCUUGAGACGUGGUAUUUUCAAGUGCUGGUGCUCGUCGCCGGCUUGCUUCCCGACCCGGAAAUCGCAUUGGACUCUCUAGCUAUAUGUGGGACGCUUCUUGGAUGGGUUUUCAUGGUGUCAGUAGGCUUCAACGCUGCAGUAAGCGUGAGGGUUAGCAAUGAACUUGGCGCCGGGCACCCAAGAUCCGCGGCUUUUAGCGUGGUGGUGGCGACCGGAACAUCACUACUCGUGGCGGCGGUAUUUGCCAUUGUCACUUUUUUCCUCCGCCACAAAAUCAGCUAUGCAUUCACCUCUGGAGAAGUUGUGUCCAACGCUGUCGCGGACCUUACGCCAAUCCUCGCCGGCGCCAUCGUGCUCAACGGAAUCCAGCCAGUUUUAUCUGGGGUAGCUGUUGGGUGUGGAUGGCAAGCAUUUGUUGCUUAUGUAAAUGUGGGUUGUUACUAUUUUGUCGGUAUCACUGUCGGAGCAGUUCUUGGCUUCACUUUCAACCUUGGUGCCAAGGGAAUAUGGUCAGGGAUGCUAGGAGGCACGCUCAUGCAAACAUUGAUUUUGAUUUGGGUGACCGCUCGUACCGACUGGGACAAGGAGGUGGAGAAAGCUAGCGAUCGAAUAGAUAAAUGGAAUAAUACGAAGGAGAGAUUUUUCAGUUGAAUGAUUAGAUAUAUGUGAUAUAUAUUUUGUGGGAUUGUAAUUGUCAUGUCAAUUUGUCUCGAGGAAUUAAUUGUUUAUGUUAUCUACCAUAUGUUUAUAUUUGUAGACAUUAAAUUCUUUUUACUUAUUCAUGUGAGGCUUGAACCAUAA